AUGGCACCGUCCGCCGUCGCAGUCUCUCCUGCAAAGAGAAGAAAAGUCGCAUCCUCGAGCCCUUCUAAGCAGGCUGGUCCUAGUGGCGCGGCUCAGCCCUCACUCCUUUCGUUCUUUGGAAAUGGUCGCCCGUCAGCGUCCUCACCUACACCCUCGGACUCCUUGCAGCGCACGCCUUCGGAUUCUCGGCAGCACCAGGACAGCACACCUUCUGCGAAGACCAAAGCAGAACGUACUGCCGAUUGUCCCAUCUGUGGCAAGCAGGUCCCCUUCAACACCGUGCAGGCUCACGUCAACUCCUGCCUUGAUGCUGCUGACUCGAUCGCUCCCGAACCACUGGUCUUGAGAGAUCACGUCAAUGAGCAGCCUGUCACUUCAGUCAAUGAGGCUCUUUCCAGCCAGUCGUGCUCGCCUGCGCCAGUGUCGCCGACAAAGGACAGCCUCGCAGGAGAGCCAACGCAACUACAUACCGCUAAGCUCACCUCGAUUUCCGAAUUGGCCUCGACACUAGAUGCAGCUGUCGCUUCGACCAGUGGUCCCGAUCGACAUCAAAUCACAUCCGCAGAUGCUGUCUCCGAACCAUCAGCAACUAGGACGCCCUCCUCCAUUCUAUCUUCAGCCAAGCGAGCAGCCUCAUCUGCAUUUACAGUGCUCAUGAAAUCGCAUUCAGAGUCAAAGCAGUGGGCGACCGCAGAUGCAGUCGAAGCCGCCAACUAUCGAGGCAGAGCAAGGUCACGCCCAGAAGCGCGCACUGCCCCUUUCUAUAAGGCCCUCGAAGGUAUGCCGCUCACCGUUGACGCCUUCCGCUUUGGCAAGAUCGAGGGUUGCCGCGGCUAUUUUCUCACCCAUUUCCACAGCGACCACUACGGAGGCAUGACGGCCAACUGGAAUCAUGGUCCCAUCUACUGCAGCGUCACCACCGCCAACCUUUGUCGCACUCACCUCGGCGUCGAUCCGCAGUGGCUCCGACCGCUGCCCAUGGAAGUGGCCGUUCCCGUCCCGGACAGUGGAGGCGUCAUGGUGACUUGCAUCGAAGCCAAUCAUUGCCCUGGCUCGUGUCUCUUUCUUUUUGAAGGACCACAGACGUCGCAGCUGCUCUCGCGCAAUCAUGCCAGCCCUUACAUCGGCACAGGCAGGAUCUUUCGCUAUCUUCACUGCGGCGACUUUCGCGCAAGCCCUGUACACACGAAUCAUCCAUCCAUCGUUGGUAAGAAGCUCGACGUUAUCUAUCUCGACACCACCUACUGCAAUCCGCGCUACUGUUUCCCGGCUCAGGAUCAGGUGAUCGAGGCGUGCGCCGAGCUCGUACGGCGCAUCGUACCCGAAGCACAGCUGGAAGUCAACCUAGCAGCCAAACAAAAGCAGGAGCAAGCAGCGGAACAAGACUGGAGGAUAGCACCGCCGCGGAAAAGCAAGAACAGCGGUGACGCAGAUGCCGCGUCUGCCAACGCUUUCAAAGGCUGGUUCAACACCAAAGUAGAGAAUCCAGAUGGCACCAUCUCGGCUCUGCGACCUCCGCCGAUCUCCCGAGAUUCCAGCAAUGGCGAGAUCAAGGUGGAAGAGGAAUCAGACACGGUCUCGGUCAAGCAGGAGGAGAUGCAAGACGAAGCUCUCGAAUACGACGAAGAAGGGUUAUUCUUGGGCGAGCAAGACGAAGACGACCGAGCAGAGCAAGACAGCGUCUACGAAAGUCCAGUCAAUGUCUCGGAAGAGUCUCCUGCACCUGUCAAACUGGAGCCGUCCGAAGAUGCUCUGCUUGACUUUGCUUCAGACAGGAAGAGCGCAGAAACGAAGAUGGCCCCUGACUCAGUGGGGUCGGCGGUGCCAGCCGUCAAGUCAGAGGACACUCCCGACAACGACGUCAAACGAACGGACGUGGACGAUACCAAUGCAACCAACUGGCUAGCCAAGCAUUCCGAGUCAUCGCGCGAUGCCGUCUCCUCGGUGCGUCGUCGCGAUGGUGGUCGUUUGCUUGUCGUCGUCGGCACCUACACCAUCGGCAAGGAGCGCAUCGUCAAAGCCGUUGCGCGCGCUAUGAAUUCCAAGAUCUUUUGCAUGGAUUCGCGCAAGUAUCGCGUCUACGCCCAACUCGAGGACCCGGAAUUGCACUCGUUGCUCACCCGCUCUCCCUCGGCAUCCGUCCACGUCACGAACCUGCACGCCAUCAACGGCGAUGGUCUGCGCGAUGUCGUCGCUGCGCUUCGCACGCGUGGCUACGACUUUACGCACGCAGUGGCCUUCCGCCCGACCGGAUGGACAUACAGGCCGCCCGCGGGCAUGGAUACGGUCUCACCCAGCUUGGACCGGCUGAUUCAGUGGAACCAGACCCGCUCGUUUGGGUGUCAGAACCUGUUCCCGACCAGAGACAGCACGCCGGACUACAUGAUUUACGGCGUGCCCUACUCGGAGCAUUCGAGCUUUUUCGAGUUGACCGCGUUUGCGCUGUCGACGCGGUACGACAGGAUCAUUGCGACGGUGAAUGUGGGCAGUCCGACGAGCAGGGCAAAGAUGGCCAAGUGGUUUGAAAAAUGGAUGUUGGAGAAGCGGCGGAGGGAGAAGCAGGGGUUGGCGGAGCUCGAGGCGAGGGCGGUGACGUAUUGGUAA